AUGGACAAAAUCAUCCUCAGCGGCAUGGUAUUCUACGGAUUCCACGGCAUGAGCGAGGCGGAACAAGAGCUCGGCCAGAGAUUCGACGUCGACCUCGUCGUGCAGCUCGACCUCAAAAGGGCGGGUGAGUCCGACAUGCUCGAGGACACGGUCAGCUAUACCCACCUCUACCGCACCGUCAAGAGAUCGUGGAGGGGCCGAGCCGCAAACUGCUUGAGAACGUCGCCGAGACCGUAG